AUGAUACCGGGGAAAGCCAUACUGCUGCAGUUCGUUUUCGGGCUGGGCAGCAUUGCUGUGCUACCGUUCAAUAAUCCGCCUGGUGUCGACAUCUGGUGUGGCAAGGCGUAUCGCGAAACUAACUCUUCAUUUGACCCCGGCGGCCAGCUCACUGCACCGGAGCCAUCUAAAUCUCUAUUGCUUGACCUGCGUUUCUAUCCACGGAUGAAUCUAUACCUCAGCACUGAAGAAAAAGGCUCGUUUAUCGUUGAUACCCCAGUAUCGUACAUUUAUGGGAGUCCAUAUGAAAACCGCACUUUCGAGCCCAAUUCCCCGAAUGCUUCCCAACCCUUACCGUUCAGGACACUUAACAUCCAAAUCUGGAAUAGUUUGAACAAUAAAAUCCUUGUUCCUUGGGGUAAAGUUGAGGUGAACUCGACUGGGAAAGAAUUUUCCUUUGAUUUAUCCUUGAUAGACUGGACGAACACCGGUUCUACUCGUGUCAGAAUUAUAGGGACCUCUCCCGACGGGCUGCAAUCGUACCAAAGUGUAUCCACGGUCCGGAUCCUCCCUCCACGCAACGACACGGGAAGUGUGUCCCGCAUCGACCAACGCUAUGGCGCUCUUCAGGUGAAAUCUUCCCUCACUAAUGACCUGUGGAAACCAAUAUUCCCAUAUUCCUUCUACACUUCUUAUGACUGGAUCGUGUCAACUCUUAAUAAUGCCUCUGCUACCAAAAAUCUCUCUACCUACCGCGCACUCGGCUACAACAUCAUCCACCCUGUGCCGCCGUGGCCUUUAAACGUCACUGUGUUAAAGAAUUUUUUGACAAUCUGCGAUGAGUUGGAAUUAUAUGUCAUGUAUGAUAUGCGGGGAACCUACCAAAACACGACGGCUGUGACUGAAAUCGUUGCCUUACUACAAAAGCAUCCGAGUCUACUCCUGUACUAUACUGCGGAUGAGCCCGAUGGUGCGGGAGACACGUUGAACGCAACGAAUAUAGCAUUCCAUCACAUCAACAACCUCGACCCGUAUCACCCCAUCUCCCUGGUUCUAAACUGUGCAAAUUUUUAUUUUGGGGAAUAUGCAUCAGGCGCCCAUAUCAUUCUCGAAGACACUUAUCCCAUAGCGGCAAAUACGUCCUUCAGCCCCGUAUACCACACCGUUUGCAACAGCACUUGGGGUGACUGUGGAUGCGAUGACUGUCAUGCGGGUGAUCCAGCAUACCCCGAGUACGUAAAGAACAAAUUUCUGGACAUAUCGACACGUAUGGACGAUUUCUAUCGCUAUCAAGAAUGGCUAGGAUGGGCAAGCCAAGGCACGAGAGGUGCAGGGGGGGCGCCGGUAUGGGGGGUACCCCAGGCCUUUUAUGACCAGGGUAGCUUCUGGAGUAGAUUCCCGACCCCGGAAGAGGAGGUUGUGAUGGGGAUUUUGAGGUUGAAUCACGGGGCGAAAGGUAUCGUUGCAUGGAUUUAUCCGACAAGUGAGCCAAUAGAGAAGGUCACUGGCCAGCUCGCUACUUUGGCGAGUGGAACUGAAUUCACAAGUUAUACACUUGAGGCAGAUGGGGUCCCGUUAGAGGUUAUUGGGGGAAACGGAUUGGUUGAUGCGACGGCUUGGGUGAAACACGGCAAGGUAUUAGUUAGUGUGGUUUACUUGGGGUAUGAAGAUCAUGUCUGGCAUGUCAAUGUCGUGCUUCCGACAAGGGUGGAGAAGAUUGAGAAGACGCUAUGGGGCAAGGGAGAUUGGAAGGUAGGCAAUGGGACGAUUUACACGAGCACUCUCAAAGGUCUAGAGGUGAGUAUACUCCUACUAUCUUGACUCUCAUAGAAUACCAUUGGGGCUUUUGAAUCUUUUGGGUGGCCAAAGAAGCCAAGCGGAGCAUGCAUAAACCCC